UGUAACACCGGAUCCCGUAACCCCACCUUCACUUUUCUUUCACGGAUUUCUUGCCCCGCCAUCCUCUCCCUUUCUUUCCCUCUUUGUUAGUUCGUUUCCACCCGCAUAUUAAGAUGCCAAGGCAAAUCAUAAUAGAGAAACAGAGCUAGAACUUAGAAGAAAAGCCUGAAAUGGCAUUGCAGCAAAGCUUCAACAUGAUGAUUAGGCCACCUCCUUCUUCUUCAUCUUCAACUAUGGCUUCGCAAGUGGUGGUGGGACGAAGCCAGUCUCUUUUCUUGGCGUCUUCAAAGUUCGAUUUCAGACUCCCCUACUCAGUGCGGAAAUUAAAGUGCGUUUUCGCCAAUUCUGCUACUCGGGCUCUGGUCCGAGACACGGGAGAGAGCGUGGAGGAUCAUCAUCCAAUAGCCGGAGACAAUGAUUCAAGUUCGCCCGAUGGUAUAUCUUCCACCAACAUUAAUGAUUACAAUCAGGUGGUUGACGGAGAGCUAAGAUUGCCAGAAAGAGAUUUUACAGGCACAGCUUAUGUCCCUAUAUAUGUGAUGCUACCACUAGGCGUUAUCAAUAUGGAGUGUGAGUUGGUUAAUCCUGAUGAUCUGAUAAACCACCUAAAGAUCUUGAAGUCAAUAAAAGUUGAUGGAGUUAUGGUUGACUGCUGGUGGGGAAUAGUGGAGGCUCAUGUUCCACAACAAUACAAUUGGAAUGGUUACAAGAGGCUUUUUCAGAUUGUGCGCGACCUUGAUCUAAAAUUACAGGUUGUUAUGUCCUUCCAUGAAUGUGGUGGAAAUGUAGGUGAUGAUGUUCAUAUACCACUUCCACAGUGGGUGACAGAAAUUGGCUGUGGAAAUCCAGACAUAUUUUUUACAGAUAGAGAUGGAAGACGAAACCAUGAAUGCCUUACUUGGGGAAUUGACAAGGAACGGGUUCUAAGGGGUCGUACUGCUCUAGAGGUUUACUUUGAUUACAUGAGAAGCUUUCGUGUGGAGUUUGAUGAGUUCUUCGAAGAUGGAGCUAUCUCUGACAUAGAAAUUGGACUAGGUCCAUGUGGAGAGCUGCGCUAUCCUUCUUAUCCAGCAAAACAUGGUUGGAAAUACCCUGGAAUUGGUGCAUUUCAGUGCCAUGACAAAUACUUGAUGAAGAGUCUGAAAAAGGCAGCAGAAGUGAGGGGACACACAUUUUGGGGUAAAGGACCUGAUAAUGCAAGUUCUUACAAUUCUAGGCCACAUGAAACAAGAUUCUUUUGUGAUGGAGGUGAUUAUGAUGGCUACUAUGGAAGGUUCUUUCUAAAUUGGUACUCUCAGAUUCUAGUUGAUCAUGGUGAUCGUGUUCUUUCUCUUGCAAACUUGGCCUUUGAAGGAACUGCGAUUGCUGCAAAGCUAUCAGGUAUCCACUGGUGGUACAAGACAGCCAGCCAUGCUGCUGAGUUGACUGCUGGGUUUUAUAAUCCUUGCAAUCGUGAUGGCUAUGCUCCAAUUGCAUCUAUGUUAAAGAAGCAUGAUACCACUCUAAAUUUCACAUGUGUUGAGUUGCGUACAUUGGACCAACAUGAAGAUUUUCCGGAGGCAUUAGCAGAUCCUGAGGGGUUAGUUUGGCAGGUGCUAAAUUCUGCAUGGGAUGUUAGCAUAGCAGUAGCAAGUGAGAAUGCACUACCUUGCUAUGAUAGGGAAGGAUACAACAAGAUACUAGAAAAUGCCAAGCCUCUGAGUAAUCCAGAUGGGAGACAUUUAUCUGCCUUCACCUACCUGAGACUGAGCCCAGUUCUUAUGGAGAAACAUAACUUUGUGGAGUUUGAACGAUUUGUAAAGAGAAUGCAUGGAGAACCCGUAUCUGAUUCAACAGGCAGUCUGGGUGAAGUUCACUGAAAUUCUUUAACAAAUUGGCAGAUUGUGGAUGAAUUAGGAAACGUGAGAGUACAAGUCUUUUAUCUUCUUGUGACAGGAAUUGACAAUAACAGGCAGCUGCAACUUAAACAGUUAGAAGGCUAACUAAUUCAACUUUGUUGGCAUUGUACAAUGGUAUGUAGUGUUAGUCAUAUUGAGUGUUCCCCUAUAAAUAAAAGUGCCUCCAUCUUUCAAUUGUACAUAAAGCAAAAGAACCUGAUGAGCAAUGGGGUUGUAUUGGGAUCACUGUCACUUCUUUGACAAUGGUAGAGACUUUUGUCCUUCUCGUGGAAGGGGGUUUACAA